AAAAGCAAGCAGCUCCAUACAAAAGCUCAGCUCUUCCUCUCUUUAACGCUAGAACCAUGCAGCAGGCCGUGUUGGACCCGGAGUCGCAGGUGGAGAAGGGCGAGAAUGCUCGCAUGUCGUCGUUCGUUGGUGCCAUCGCCAUCGCCGACAUGGUCAAGACGACACUGGGCCCCAAGGGCAUGGACAAGAUCCUGCAGUCCAUGGGAGGCCCCGACAAGAGUAUCUCGGUCACCAACGACGGCGCCACAAUCCUUCGCAGUGUCUACGUGGACAAUGCUGCUGCUAAGGUCCUCGUGGACAUCGCCAAGACGCAGGACGAGGAGGUGGGCGACGGCACCACGAGCGUCGCUGUGCUUUGCGGUGAGCUGCUGCGCGAGGCUGAGAAGCUCAUCGACCAGCGGAUUCACCCACAGACCAUCAUCGACGGCUGGCGCAUCGCACUCACUACGGCCAACGAUGCGCUCGUGGCCUCGGCCAAGGACAAUUCGCAGGAUGCCGACAAAUUCCGCGAGGAUCUCAUGAACAUUGCACGCACGACUCUCAGCUCCAAGCUGCUGACGUACGAGAAGGACCACUUCGCCAAGCUCGCUGUCGACGCUGUGCUUCGUCUGCGUGGAUCCAGUAACCUGGACUACAUUCAGAUCAUCAAGAAGGCCGGCGGCUCUCUGCGCGACUCGUACCUGGACGAGGGCUUCAUCCUGGACAAGAAGAUCGGCGUGGGUCAGCCCAAGCGCGUCGAGAACGCCAAGAUCCUCGUGGCUAACACCGGCAUGGACACGGACAAGAUCAAGAUAUACGGCGCCCGCGUCAAGGUGGACUCAAUGGACAAGGUCUCGGCCAUCGAGGACGCCGAGAAGGCCAAGAUGAAGGCCAAGGUCGAGAAGAUCGCCAACUUUGGCAUCAACUGCUUCGUCAACCGCCAGCUCAUCUACAAUUACCCCGAGCAGAUUUUCUCCGAGAAGGGCAUCAUGGCCAUCGAGCACGCCGAUUUUGACGGCAUCGAGCACCUGGCUGCAGUCACGGGCGGCGAGAUCGCGUCCACGUUCGACAACCCGGACGCCGUGCAGCUUGGCGAGUGUAAGUUGAUUGAAGAGAUCAUUAUCGGUGAGGAUCGUAUGCUGCGAUUCUCGGGUGUCAAGACCGGCUCAGCCUGCUCCGUUGUGCUGCGUGGUGCCAGCUCGCACCUGCUGGACGAGGCUGAGCGCUCGCUGCACGACGCACUAGCUGUACUAACACAGACGGUCAAGUACUCGCAGACAGUUAUGGGUGGCGGUUGCACGGAGGUGCUGAUGGCUCAGGCCAUUGACAAUAAGGCGCCGUCUGUGCCUGGCAAGAAGGCGCUGGCCAUGGAGGCGUUCGCGCGCGCUCUGCGUCAGUUGCCGAGCAUCAUCGCCGAUAACGGCGGAUUCGACAGUUCGGAGCUGGUGACUCAACUGCGUGCGGCUCAUCACCGUGGCGAGACGACCGCUGGACUGGACAUGCGCACCGGCUGCGUUGGUGACAUGGAGGCUCUGGGCAUUCGCGAGGCUCUGAAGAGCAAGAAGCAGGUGCUGUUCUCGGCUGCUGAGGCUGCCGAGAUGAUCCUCAGAGUAGACGACAUUAUUAAGUGUGCACCGCGUCAGCGUCAGGGACAGUAAGCGGCCGAACCUCUCUUGAGCGUAUGGCAUGUGCGCUAAUGAACAAGACGGUUAGUAUUACUAUUCUACAAUGCGAUCCCUUGCUUUAAUUACUGACGGGGAUCACUUCACUUGCCGGUAAAAUAUCUACCGUGAAUCUGCAGAGUGUUUGUAUUUAUACCACUGGCCACUAACUAAAACGAGAGCAUUUUUCUUCCAGCAACCAUCUAGGUACAUCUUUGUGAUCUUCCUCACAGAAGGACGCCUUCCCAGGUGCCGAAAUGGCGCCUGCACGUCGUCCAAGACGACCCUGGAGCGUGAGUGUACUUCUCCUUUUCUUCUUCUUCACGCUUGCUAUCUCCCAGGACUCUGGUACUGGAUCCGAAGAUGUGACCGUACCAAGCACCACAGCUCCAACAGCUACGACACCAUCAACUACGACGCCAUCAACUAUGGCACCUACAGCUACAACUCGUUCACCAACGGCUACACCACCAACAGCAACAACCGAGGCGCCGAUGACGACGGAACCCACUACGACAACACCAACCACCACAGCCCCGACAUCAACAAUGCCGACUACGACAGCUCCGACGACUACAGCU